GGCCUUUUUUUGUCUAUUCUCAAUUUGGAAAUAUGUGUUCUUGUUUAGAGCUUGCAGAAUACCGUUGUACUUAACUGAGGUUGAUGCCUUUUGGUGAUUAUCAUUUAGUUUUUGUUUUUGUAGAGAAAGGAGAAAAAACUAUUUUUGAGAGAAAUGGCAGCUCAUUUGGAGAAAGAUAAACUGAUGUUUCUGGGGAAUAUUGCUGUUAAAUUGAAGAGUUUGGUGCAAUCAAAGGAGGAACGAGAGAGGAUUUGGAAAGUAAUAUCAGUUGAACUUGAGAGGGAGAUGCAAUUCAAGGAACAAGAUUGGUUCACAUUUGAAGAGGAAAAUGCAUUUAGGUCACUCCACAAACAAGAUCAGGUAUGCGAGUCAAGUGAGAAUCAGGCAGAGCUGCAUGGGCCCACAUCAACAGAAUCACCCCCAUCAUGGUGGAUUAUGUGUAACCAAAAGCGCCGGCAGAACAUUCAACUCCCGUAG